AUGGAUAUGAAUGAUGUAGGAAAAUUGUUAUUGACAGUUACUAAGAAGAUGAAGAAGACAGCAUCCCAAAUUCUUCAUCCACAAACACAACUUGAAAAGUGGUUAAAGGAGGCAACUUCAAACACUAAUUGGGGAUGUCCAACAUCUAUUUUAUAUGAAAUAUCUCGUUGUAGUGUAGAUUAUCAUGAUUAUAUUGUGAUUCAAAAAUGUAUUUGGGAAUCAUUAGCUGAUAAACCGAAUAAAUGGAGGAGAAUUUACAAAACAUUAGUAUUAAUUGAUUAUCUGAUUAAAAAUGGUGUAGAUAGAAUUGUUGAUGAAGUCCGUGAAAAUAUAUAUAGAAUAAGAUAUUUACAAGAAUUUUAUUAUACAGAAGAAGGUAAAGAUAAAGGAGGAGGUAUUAGAGAAAAAUCCAAAACUAUUAUUGGAAUUAUAAAUGAUCCUUUAUUAUUAAAAAAUGAGAGAGAAAAAGCAAAAAAUAAUCGUAAUAAAUAUAUUGGUAUUAAUGGAAGAAGUCAUAUAAAUAAAUCUAAUUUAAUAUCAAAUAAAGUUAAUAAUAAUACAUAUACAGAAAGAUAUGAUCCAUUUGAACCUAGUAAUAUAUCUAAUAAUACAGUAAAUUUUUCUACUAUGAAUAAUAAACAAGAUUUAAAUAAAUUAAAUAAGGAGAGAAUAAAUAAUACAUUUAAUAAAUCUUUUAAUGGAAAUCAGAUAAAUAAAUUUAAUAAGAAUUCAAUAAGUACUUUAGGGGUAAGAAGAUCAAAGAUAUAUAAUAAUGAAUCUAAACCUGAUGAAAUAAUUGUGAUAGCUGCACAAAAACUUGCUAAUGAGAAUAAAAAUAUAUCAGAAGGUAUAGAAAAAGAUUCAGAUACUGAGAUAUUAAAAUUUAAUCCAAUAUCAACAAAUAUACCAGAAACUAUAAAAUUUUCUGAUAAAUCUAUAGAUUUGAAUGAAGAUAAUAGUAAAUAUAAUACAUCUGAUUGGGGGAUGUUUAUUAGUGCACCUUUCUGUUCAGAUUCAAAAAAUCCAUUUAUUUUAGAUAGAGAAGUUAAAGAAGAUAAGAAUUUGAAUAAUAAUGAUAUAAUUGAUUUAGUUGAUUUAAAUAUAAGUUCAAAUAAGAACAGAAAUGAUGAAUUAUAUAAUUCUGAGGUUUUGAAUAAUGAAUAUAAGAAAUUUGAUAUUAAUGAUUUGAAGAUGGAAUGUCUUCCUCAAGGUUUUUUAUUGUAA